AUGGGUAAACCUGAAAAUGAUAAAAACAAAGAAUCUUCAGCCGUAGAUUCUUCUUCGUUUGACCAUGACUUAGAAGUUACGAAAAAUAAAAUGUCUAGUACAUUAAUAUUUUAUGUCAAUGGUAAAGAGAUAAAAGAUAGUGAUGUAAAUCCUGAAUGGACCCUUCUGCAUUAUCUUCGUAACAAAUUAAAACUAAGCGGAACCAAGUUAGGAUGUGCAGAAGGUGGUUGUGGCGCUUGUACUGUAAUGGUAUCAAGAAUUGACCGAAAAAAAAGAAAAAUAGUUCAUUUAGCUGUGAAUGCAUGUCUUGCUCCAGUGUGUAGCAUGCAUGGAAUGGCCGUAACUACAGUAGAAGGUAUUGGAAGUACAAGAACGAAGCUUCAUCCAGUUCAAGAACGAAUCGCUAAAGCUCAUGGAUCACAAUGCGGUUUUUGCACUCCUGGAAUAGUAAUGUCAAUGUAUGCUCUUUUACGGACAGUACCUAAGCCAUCAAUGCAUGAUUUGGAGGUCGCGUUUCAAGGUAAUCUUUGUCGUUGUACUGGAUAUCGACCUAUCAUCGAAGGUUUCCGGACCUUCACAGAAGAAUGGGAACAGUCUCAACUGAAUAACAAAAUAAAUAAAACCGAAAAUUCGUGUGGACAAGUAUGUGCAAUGGGAGAAGCUUGUUGUAAAAAAGCCUUCACUUCAGAAGUAUCACCAGAAACAUUCAGUGCAAGUGAAUUUAAACCAUAUAAUGAGACACAAGAAGUAAUAUUUCCACCAAAAUUAAAACUGUGUGAUGAUUUAGAUAAAGAGUACCUUGUUAUUAAAGGUAAAGAAGUAACAUGGUAUCGGCCAACAAAAUUGAAAGAACUUCUUCUUUUGAAACAAAAAUAUCCAAAUGCUAAAAUAAUAGUAGGAAAUACUGAAGUUGGCGUUGAAGUUAAGUUCAAACAUUGUACCUAUCCAAUUUUAAUCCAAUCUACACAAAUAAAAGAGUUACGAGAGAUAACAGUGACUGUAAAUUCAUUGAAAGUUGGUUCCAGUGUAACUUUGAUGGAACUCGAGGAAGCUAUGAAAGAUCAUAUAUCAAUACAUCCAGAGUACAAAACUCGAAUAUUUUCUGAAGCGAUUAAAAUGUUGCACUGGUUUGCAGGUAAACAAAUUCGUAACGUUGCAGCUCUUGGGGGAAACAUUAUGACCGGAAGCCCAAUAUCAGACAUGGUACCAGUAUUAAUGGCCGCUGGAACUAAAUUAAAUGUUUGUAGCUUAGAUGGUUUUCGUCAAGUUCUACUGGACCACACAUUCUUCACAGGAUACCGUCGAAAUGUUAUCAAGCCUGAAGAAGUUUUAGUAUCGAUGGAAAUUCCAUUUACUGAAAAAUCUCAGUACUUUAUAGCUUACAAGCAAGCUAAACGAAGAGAUGAUGAUAUUGCAAUUGUAAACAUGGCACUUAAUGUCAUUUUCAAACCAAAUUCCAAUGAAAUUCUAGAGAUUCAUUUAGCUUAUGGAGGUAUGGCGCCUACAACCAAAUUAGCUGUAAAAACAACGAAAAAUAUGAUUGGAAAAAAAUGGAACACUGAAUUAUUGGAAUCAACUUACCAGUCUAUAGUUGAUGAAUUUCCACUACCUGACGACGUUCCCGGUGGAAUGGUAAAUUAUCGUCGUUCUUUGACAUUGAGUUUAUUCUUCAAAGGAUUUAUCCACAUUUUAAAACAAUUACAAAUUGAUUUACCACAUAUCAAUCAAAUACCUCUCCCAAAAAAACUACAAUCUGCUUCUGAUACGUUCGAUUACAAGCCACCUAAAAGUUCACAGUAUUUCCAAGUAGUCCCUAAAGAUCAAAGUGACAAAGAUUUAAUUGGUCGACCUAUUGUUCAUGCAAGUGCAUUUAAGCAAGUAACUGGAGAAGCUGUUUACUGUGACGAUAUUCCUCACAUCGACGGUGAAUUAUACUUGUCAUUAGUGAUGGCAACAAAAGCUCAUGCUAAAAUAGUUCACGUUGAUGCGUCAAAAGCGCUAGCUAUCGAUGGAGUGGUUGCUUUUUUCAACGCCAAAGACAUUCCAGAGCAUAACCGCUGGGUUGGACCUGUUUAUCAUGAUGAAGAAGUGUUUGUUUCAGAAAAAGUAACCAGCCAAGGCCAGAGUAUCGGGGCUAUUGUUGCUGUAGAUCAAAUUACUGCUCAAAAAGCUGCACGAGCAGUCAUUAUUGAGUACGAAGAAUUGGAACCAAUUCUUGUAAGCAUUGAAGAUGCUAUUGAAGCUAAAUCAUUCUUACCUACCACACCAAAGAGCAUCAAGCAGGGAGAUGCUAAUCGAGCUUUCAGUGAAUCAGACCACAUAUUGGAAGGUGAAGUAAAAAUGGGUGGACAAGAACAUUUCUACUUAGAAACUCAUGCAACUUUUGCAGUUCCAAAAGACACUGAUGAACUAGAAGUUUAUUGUUCAACUCAGCAUCCAUCAGAAGUUCAAAAACUUAUUUCUCAUGUUUUAGGUAUUUCUAUGAGUCAUAUUAAUGUUAGAGUUAAACGUUUAGGCGGUGGUUUCGGCGGUAAAGAAUCACGAGGCAUGCUUGUUGCAUUACCAGUGGCAUUAGCUGCUUACAAUCUACGCAAGCCUGUACGCUGUAUGUUAGAUCGUGAUGAAGAUAUGAUGAUCAGUGGUCAAAGACAUCCAUUUAUGUUUCAAUAUAAAGUUGGUUUCACCAAAGAAGGAUUAAUAAAAGUCGUUGAAAUAAAUAUUUAUAACAAUGGCGGAUAUUCCGCGGAUCUUUCGGUAUCUGUAUUGGAAAGAUCGAUGUUUCAUUGUGAAAAUGCCUAUAAAUUUCCGGUAACUCACGUAACUGGUUAUGCUUGCAGAACAAAUUUGCCAUCAAAUACUGCUUUUCGUGGGUUUGGUGGUCCUCAAGGUAUGUUCGUAGCUGAAAAUAUCAUAUGGGAUGUUGCUAAUUAUCUUGGAAUAGAGCCAGAAAAAGUGUCGGAAAUUAAUUUGUACAAAGAAAAUGACGUGACUCAUUACAAUCAACCAUUGAUACGGUGUCCAUUGCAAAAAUGUUGGCAGCAAUGUAUCGAUUCGUCGAAUUAUCACGAACGCUAUGCAGCUGUAGAAAAAUUCAAUCAAGAAAAUCGGUAUCGGAAGAGAGGAAUAUCAGUUGUCCCUACUAAAUUUGGUAUUGCCUUUACAGCAUUGUUCCUGAACCAAGCAGGUGCUCUGGUUCAUAUUUACAAUGAUGGUUCUGUUUUAAUAAGCCACGGCGGAACUGAAAUGGGUCAGGGGCUUCACACAAAAAUGAUCCAAGUUGCUAGUCGCUUGCUUAAAAUAGAUCCAAAUAAAAUUCACAUUUCUGAAACAGCUACUGAUAAAGUACCAAAUACAUCAGCAACUGCAGCUAGUGCUGGAUCCGAUUUGAAUGGAAUGGCUAUUAUUGAUGCCUGUAAUAAAAUAAUAUCACGUAUUAAACAUAUUAUGGAUGCUAAUCCAUCAGAUACUUGGGAAAAAUGGAUAUCAAAAGCUUACUUUGAACGAAUUAGUCUCUCAGCUACUGGAUUCUAUCGUACUCCUGACAUUGGAUUUUCAUUUGAUACUAUGUCGGGAAUACCAUUCAAUUAUUUUACUUACGGAGUCGCUUGUAGUGAAGUUGAAAUUGAUUGUUUGACGGGUGAUCAUCAAGUUUUACGUACAGACAUAGUUAUGGAUUUAGGUGAUAGUUUAAAUCCUGCGAUAGACAUCGGUCAAGUUGAAGGAGGCUUUAUUCAAGGGCUCGGUUUGUUUACUCUGGAAGAGCUUAUUUAUUCUCCAACCGGAACACUGUACAGCAGAGGUCCUGGAGCUUAUAAAAUCCCUGGAUUCACAGAUAUUCCACAGGAAUUUAAUGUCUCUCUUUUGAGAGAUGCGCCUAACCCGAGAGCUGUAUUUUCAUCAAAAGCUGUCGGAGAACCUCCAUUAUUUUUAGCUUCUUCUGUAUUUUUUGCUAUUAAAAAUGCUAUACAAUCAGCUCGGAAAGAAACAAAAAACAGUAGUUUGUUUAGACUGGAUUCACCUGCUACAGCUGCGCGUAUUCGAGUUGCUUGUGCUGAUGACUUAACUGAAAAGUUUCCUACAGCAGACAUUACAAAAGCUUGGAAUAAAAUUCCAUAA